AAUCUGGGUAGAUCUAGUGAUUUACAUUUUCCAAUUGUCUGACGAGACGAAACAGCUCAGCAGAGAGCCACACAGAUGAGAAUGAGUUAGGAAGAGAAGAACCCCUUCAAGGAUCCAUGUUUUUUCAUUUUUCUUUUUGGACCCACUGUUAUCCCAUCACUGUCUCUGGAACCAACUUCCACUCCUCCCCACCUUCCCUUUCAAUUCACUCCACAAUUCAUUUUUCCCAAACACACAUUCUCACAUCCCAAAGUUCCCUCCUUUUUCACUCCAACCACCCCCCACGAAACGAAUCCAUGAGGAGUUCGGAGUGACCCACGUCACCAGCUUCCGAAUCCAACCCCAUUCCGCAAAAGGGUACUUUCUUCAACGAUGGUGGAUAACUCGACGCUAGGGCGCUUCCACCACCAAAGGCUCGACCUUCGCCGCUGGGUCCCCGCGUUCUUCACCUCGCACAAGACCCUCUUGACCUUUCUAUGGAUCGCCGCCUUCGCCUCCGUUUUUCUGUGGCAGAGGAACAUAGCUGGUGGCUUUCUGGUCUACGGAGGAAUUCCGGCCAGGCCCAUGCCCAUGCUCCGCCCCAUGGCCUUCAAUUUGACGGAUUUCGGAGGGGUCGGUGACGGCGUUACUCUCAACACCGAGGCUUUCAAGAGGGCCGUUUCAGCGGUUUCUAAGUUCGGCAAGAAAGGCGGUGCGCAGUUGAAUGUGCCUCCCGGACGCUGGCUCACGGCGCCGUUUAAUCUAACCAGCCACAUGACUCUCUUCCUAGCUGAAGAUGCUGUUAUACUUGGCAUUGAUGAUGAAAAAUAUUGGCCAUUGAUGCCUCCAUUGCCUUCAUAUGGGUAUGGGAGGGAGCAUCCUGGGCCUCGAUAUGGCAGUUUGAUUCAUGGUCAACAUCUUAAAGAUGUUGUGAUAACAGGGCAUAACGGUACCAUAAAUGGACAGGGACAAACAUGGUGGAAAAAAUAUCGCCAGAAGCGUCUCAACCACACUAGGGGGCCACUUGUUCAGAUCAUGUUUUCUAGUGACAUUGUGAUCACCAAUAUAACUUUGCGUGACUCUCCUUUCUGGACACUUCAUCCAUAUGACUGCAAAAACAUUACAAUAAAAGGUGUUACUAUAUUGGCUCCUGUGUUUGGAGCUCCAAAUACUGAUGGCAUAGAUCCUGACUCUUGUGAGGAUAUGUUGAUAGAGGACUGUUACAUAAGUGUGGGAGAUGAUGCAAUUGCAAUAAAAAGUGGCUGGGAUCAGUAUGGAAUUGCUUAUGGAAGGCCUUCCAUGAAUAUAAUGAUCCGAAACCUUGUUGUUCGCUCUAUGGUCAGUGCUGGCAUCUCAAUAGGCAGUGAGAUGUCUGGCGGGGUAUCCAACGUCAUGGUGGAGAAUAUUCUUAUAUGGGAUUCUAGGCGUGGUGUGAGGAUCAAGACCGCCCGUGGACGAGGAGCAUAUGUGCGCCAAAUAACUUAUCGGAAUAUAACAUUUGAGAAUGUUCGAGUUGGAAUAGUUAUGAAGACAGAUUACAAUGAACACCCUGAUGAUGGGUAUGAUCCUAUGGCACUCCCAAUUCUCAGAGACAUAAGCUUUACCACGGUCCAUGGCCAAGGAGUUCGUGUGCCAGUACGCAUACACGGUAGUGAGGAGAUUCCUGUGAGAAAUGUGACUUUUCAAGACAUGUCAGUUGGUCUAACCUACAAGAAAAAGCAUAUCUUUCAGUGUGCAUUUGUUCAAGGCCGUGUAAUAGGUACCAUCUAUCCUGCUCCCUGUGAGAACCUUGAUCGGUACAAUGAGCAAGGACAGUUGGUUAAGCAUUCUGCGUCCCAGAAUGUAACAGAUAUAGAUUAUGAUAUUUGAGGUCAUUGUUCCUUUUACUUGGGCCUCAAUUUAUGUCCGUAUUAGAUCAAUUUUUUUUGUGGAGGUUGGAGAAGUCAAGUCAUGCCUUUUUUAUUUUAUUAUGUAAUGUCACUUUUCUACUCCAUUUUAUAGCUUUCUGAAGUGGAGCUGUAAAUACAGAAAAUUUUCAUAUGCGUACUUAAGUUUACUAGAUUACACAAUUGCAUAGUGCGUAUGCCCUAAUGCUUUAGGGGGAUUCAUUGCAAGCAAGAGAAUUACUUUAGCAACA